AUGGGGAAAAACAAACCUAACCGACAUCGUUUGACAAAAUUUAUAGAUGUUUUAAAAGAAAAGUCUAAUGAGUAUAAUCGGUUUGCUAUCUGUAUUGCAUGCAAAGAAGCAAGAGGUCAAGAUUAUGCUUAUUCAAAUAAAUUUGUCAAUACAAAAUGGCUAGUUAAGUCACAUUUGAAAAACUGUAUAUAUUUCAAAAAUGAAAAGGGAGAAGAUGAAGCUAAAAAAAUUUUAGAUGAUACAGAUAGUGAAAAAUUUAAAAAAAAGCGUCAAUGUGAAU